UGACUGCCUCUCCUGGCUCGCUGCAGCAUGGAGAACUUUACUUUCAAUGCAAACAUUUUACUGAUGGAGGGAUUAAAGGUUAGCCCAUCGUCCUCUGUUCCUGCCUUCAUCCUCCUCCUCCUCAUCUACAUCUUCAUCAUGGUGUCCAACAUUGGUCUGGUGGUCCUGAUCUCCAUGGAGAGGAGCCUCCAUGAGCCCAUGUAUCUGCUCCUCUGUAACAUGAGUAUAAACGAUGUGUUUGGGGCCACAACCAUUAUUCCUCGCAUACUGAGUGAUGUUUUCACUCCAAUGUCACAGAGGUACAUUCCUUAUAUAAGCUGUGCCAUUCAGGCCUUCUUUGGGGCUUGGGUGGCAGCACUCAUCUUUGUCACAAUCCUUCUGGGUCUCACCUUCCGUCUCACAAUCUGCCGACAGACUAUUAUGAAUCCAUUCUGUGACAACCCUUCUCUGUUCAAAUUGUCUUGCCAGAAUCUUCUCAUUAACAACAUCUACGGCCUCGGGAUGGCCGUCGUAAUUCUGGGCUCCUCACUCUGCAGUAUAACUUUCACCUACCUGAGAAUCGCCAUGGUAUGUUUAAGAAGUAAGAACAAGGCUCAGAUCAGUAAAGCUCUGCAGACUUGUGUUUCCCAUUUAGCUGUGUUCCUCAUCCUGCUUUUUUCAGGUGGUAUCAUCAGCACCCUCCACCGUUUCCCUAAUUUAUCAGAUGAGAGGAAGUUUGCCUCCAUCAUGUUCCAUGUGGUUCCUCCUUCCAUGAACGCUGUUAUCUACGGACUGCAAAUCAAAGCUGUAAGACAAAAAAUGAUGAUUUUAUUUAAAAGGAACAACGUUUUUUAA